AUGAAAACUUCUUGCCCCGUAACUUGUCGGAAAAAAUGCAGUGAGAAAUUAGCAGAAGAUAUUCGGCAAAGAAUUUUUGAUAUGUUUUGGAGUAUUGGAGACCACUCAAGACAAUGGGAUUUUUUGGCAAGAUAUGCUGUAAGAUCUGACAAAAAAAGAUUUACUGUGGAUAAAGAAAAUUCAAAACGUCUUCACACUAUUUCUUAUUACCUUCCAAGCAGUCAAGGAGAUAAUAUUGAGUCUACAAAAAUAUCGGUUUGCAAAACUAUGUUCCUAAGAACCCUUUCUAUUAGUUUUAAUUUUGUUUAUACAGCUUUAGAAAAGUCCGAUAAAGGAAAUGGAUUUGUUGAAGCAGAUCAGCGUGGAAGGCAUAUUAAUCAUCCAAAGAUUAUUAAUGAAGAUAUGGUUCGCAGUGUUAUAGACCACGUUGAAGCAUUUUCUCCUGUACAAUCACAUUACACUCGCCAAAAAUCGAGUAGAAAAUAUCUUGAGAGCUCUUUAUCCUUCCCAAAAAUGUUUAAGUUAUAUAAUGAAUGGUUUGAUUCUAAUAAAUACUCUUCUAAAGCGACUACCGUGAGACAAUACCGAGAUAUCAUUAAUAAAAAUAUCAAUAUAGGUUUUCAUAAACCCAAAAAAGAUGUUUGUGAACAAUGCCACAUUUACGAAAAUAACAAGCAAGUUACACAGACAGAUAAAGAGAAGCAUGAAGAGCAUUUGAAAGAAAAAGAGAAAGCAAGAAAAAUUAAAACAAAAGAUAAAGAAUUAGCAUUACAAAAUAAUGAAAUUCUUACAGCAGCAUUUGAUCUUCAAAAGUGCCUUAAUGUACCCCACGGGAACGUAAGUACUUUUUAUUAUAAACGGAAACUUUCCUUGUAUAAUUUCACGAUAUUCAAUCUGGGAUCUCACCAAGGUUAUUGUUUUUCAUGGCAUCAACAGACAGCAAAGAGAGGUGCAAAUGAAAUUUCCAGCUGUGUUUUUAAGUUUAUAGAGGAUACGGUGGGUGAAGGAGUCAAAGAUUACCGGUUCUGGUCAGACAACUGUGGAGGCCAAAAUAGAAACAGAAUUGUGUUCCUAAUGUAUAUGUUAGCUAGUUCGAAGUUUAGUGUAGAUAUCAGGCAUCGGUUUCUAAUAGUGGGUCACACGCAAAAUGAAGGCGAUAGUAUGCACGCUUUAAUUGAAAGACAGACGAAAGAUAAAAUACUUUAUACGCCUGAUCAAUGGUAUACAGCUUUUAGAUUUGCCAAAUCCGAUGAAAAGCCAUACAAAGUUAUCGAAGUGUCUCAGGAUUUAAUAAAAGACUUCAAAUCAAAGCUAAAACUUAUAAACAACUGGACAACUACUAAUGAUGGAUCUAAAAUGCCUUGGAAUAAAGUAACGGAAGUAGUAGUUAAAGCAGAAAAUCCAUUUAGAGUGUUUUAUAAAACGAGUUACCAAGACGAUGCUUACAAGUGGAUAGAUUGUGUAAAGAAACUUAAAGCUACACGAAAUCGAAGAGAAUUGAAUAUUGAUAUAGAUAAUAUUUCUUUAGCUUAUCAGACACCCAUUCCUAUAGACCAAAAUAAGCACAAAGAUUUGAUGGAUCUUUGUAAAACGUUGGUAAUUCCUAAAGAGUAUCAUUUAUUUUUUAAUAAUUUGAUUUCAACUAAUUCUAAUGCAGCUGAUGACAGCGAUUCAGACUGA